AAAAAACAAACACUCUCUCUAUAUGCUUCACCGUUUCCUUCCGCCGUCCGCUACCCUGUGUGAGAUCUCCGGCGACGACUAAGAAUGGAAGCAACGGUAGAGAACUCUACUGUGAUUGUCAAAGGCCCUCAAAUUGAGAAUUCUUGGAUUCCUUCCACCCCUGCGAAGCCUGGUUUGGAAGCUCAGCCAAUCUACACAGAGACGCAAGAACGACAACCAUUGCAAGCAAAUUGGUCCCAACAAUCCCUGCCAUGUGAGGGAAAUGCAUCAGAUGGUUGUAGAAAGGCAGGAAAAUCAAUCAAAUUUCAGCAAGAAAUCAAAGUCCAUAGUGUAGCCACAUGUUGUGGAGAAAACAAUUAUGUGGCUGUAGCCAGAAACUCCGAUGGUUUGGAUGCAACAUCGGCAGCAGAAUCACGGCUGCAUGAAGUCCCACUCAAAUUUUUUCAGGAGUUGUCCUUGGAGACAGACAAGUGGGGCAACGUUUCUUUUCAAGAAUUGAUGGCACUCGCAGAUGCUGCGGGCACUGCCAAAGCUGCUGAGGAAGCGAGUAAAAUUACUGAUUUGAAUGCUGAAAACAUGUCAUGUUGCAUUCAGUUUACCCAGCUGCCAGAAAUAUCCACGAGUUCUUCACUGGAAAACCAAGGCCUGGAUUCGAGUUCUCAGAAUAAUCCUAAGACACCCCAUUGUGAAAAUGUAAUUUCUUCCAGGCUCUGCUUUGAUCUGAAUUCUCCACCAAGAACAAUUGCUGAUGCAUCAACUACACUUGUCUCAUCCCAAUUUGAGCCUGUCACACCUGAUCCGACGAGGAGAACAGAUGGACGGAAAGUGUCCAACUCUGCAGCAGCAGCAAAAGAAACAAGAAUGCAGAAUGAAGUUAUGAUGACACCUGAAUUGCAUGAGCUCCAAAACAAUCAGUCAGUGCUGGUUGAGAAUCAAUCUUGGGCUACCAUCUCCACUGUAAUAGGGGAGAAUUUCAAGCCUGAAGUAGGCAGUGAACAGCAGACUGAUCUGACCAAGACACCACUGCAGAAGCCAAGGAGGAGAAAGCACAGACCUAAAGUGGUUGUUGAAGGUCAACCUAAUACGAAGCGCAAUCGCAGUCGGGGAACACCAAAGCCUACUGGCCAUCAGGAAAUUGCAAAACCCAAGAGGAAAUAUGUUAGGAAAAGUACAGUCGGCAAACCAGUGGAUAGUCCUUUGGAAGGCAAAACCAAUGGAACAGAUCUAGAAGCAACACCCAAGAGGAAAUAUGUUAGGAGAAGUGCAGUCGGCAAGCCUGUGGAUACUCCUUUGGAAGGCAAAACCGAUGGAACAGAUUUAGAAGCAAAGCCUUCUAGUUCGGAGAAUGUGCCAAAAAGUAAGAGGAAGUAUGUCAGAAGAAAAGGGGUUGAACAAUCCACCACUCCCUUGGAAGUGGGGUGUACUACCAGAAAUGACACAAUGUCAGUUCGAGUAACACGAAGCUCCUGCAAGAAGUCACUAAAUUUCAACUCUGAAGGCCGAGGUCCAGAUGAAAGGUCCACACAGCCCCCUUUAGACGUUGAUGCUAAGUCACAUUCACAGGCUUCGAUUCCAGAGGAUCAAUCAAGAUCAACCAUGAAGCUUGGACAGGAAAUGGAAGUGGCACAGCCCCCUUUAGAUGCUGAUGCAAAGUCACAUUCACAGGCUUCCAUUCCAGAGGAUCAAUCAAGAUCAACCAUGAAGCUUGGACAGGGAAUGGAAGUGACAGUUGAAAAGACUGAAAUAGGCAUUGCUUAUGACCUCACACAAACCAUAGAUCAUGCAUUCCAAGGCUACCUUUUUGUCAACGAAAGUCAACCCUCUGGAGAUACAACUUAUUGCACAAGCAAUCAAAAUGGAUGUACGAGAGGGAAAUGUCAAAUAGUUUUCUCAGAUGUAACUCAUGACAAAGAGGCAAGCAAUUUUGGGACAUUGUCAUCUGACGCUAGGUGUGUGACAGGGAGUACUUCCAGCUGCAGCAGCAGUGCAUGCUUGACCCAAGAAACACAAUCAAGGAAAUCAAAGAGCCAGCGAUCGUUUAGAAGUGACGAGUCAGAAUCUCGCAGGAUAAAUGCUACCGGGGCCCAUUACAAUUCAUUGCAGGCAUGCCAAGAGCUCUUUCCACCAUAUGGCUACAACUGUCAAGGAACUCCAAGCAUGCAGUUUCCAACAAUUUUCAAGAAAAAGAGGACAGAAAAUUCACAUAAAUCAGCAACUUCAAGCAUUCUGCCAAAAUCCAGUACCUAUGACAAUGAUGGUCGGGAUAGUCUAUGCCCUUCCAAUGAUUCUCAGAUAUACAAUUUCACAUCAGGAACUGAUUUCAUGAUGUCUGCUGCUCAUUCUGAUGCUAAUAGUAUCCCAACGGCAGCAGCAGCAGCAGCUGAUGGUACCCAACAUGAACAGAACCCUUUCGUUUGCCUUCCAAUCUUGAGAAGUGCAGAAAGAUUGACGAAGAAAAGAUCUAAAGGCCCCAUUCGGGUUCGAGAUUUUGCUUCUCUGCAUGAAAUUUGGGGGCAGUUUCCUACUUCCAGCAGAGGAAUGCUGAGUUCUGGAGUUUUAAAAGGACCGCACACAUGCAUGGAUGCUCUGGUUGCUCACAAUCGGCCAAGAAUGACAACAAAGAAGCGGUCAAAGAGAAACUCUGUUGCUUCAAAUUCUUCCUUUUCAAAUACCUAUGAUCAUCAGAAAUUUGCAAAAAAGUCAAUGGGGUCUUCAACUAAAUUGUGGAAAAAUAAAUCUUCAACAAUUGAUGCCAUCAUUGAGCAGUUUAACUGCCUUGAUAUACAAAAGGAACACAACAGAUUGUUCAACCAAGAACAGAACGCACUAGUCACAUACCAAGUGGACUAUCCAUUGCAGAAUUCUAUUGUUCUUUAUCAAAGUAAUGGAUCUGUUGUACCUUAUGAUGGUUCGUCUUCUCAAAUUAGGAAGCGCCGGCCACGGCCUAAAGUUGACCUUGAUGAGGAGACAAAUAGAGUGUGGAAGCUUUUGCUGGAAGACAUAAACAAUGACGGCAUUGAUGGAACAGAUCAGCAGAAGGCACAAUGGUGGGCAGGUGAACGGGCAGUAUUCCGUGGAAGAGCAAACUCAUUUAUUGCCAGGAUGCAUCUAGUCCAGGGAGACAGACGCUUCACCCCAUGGAAGGGAUCGGUAGUAGACUCUGUAGUUGGAGUCUUCCUUACACAGAAUGUGUCUGAUCACCUUUCUAGUUCUGCCUUCAUCUCAAUGGCUGCUAGAUUCCCCCUCAAAUCGAAGAGCAAUCACUAUCAUACACGACCAUGUGAACAACAGACAACUGAGGGACAAGUAAUAAUAGAUCCAGAUGAUACAAUUAAAUGGCACAAAAAGGUUUCAAGUCAACUUGCUUGCCUCCAGGAUUCCGUCACUCUAUGUGACAAGGAGUGCAAUGAAGAAGUAACCAGUACCAGGGAUUCCUCUGGAGAUACAUCUGAAGGCACCAAAGCAACAAAAAUUUUAAGAUCCGUCUCUUCAGAUUCUUCAGAAUGUAGUCCAAAACUGUAUAAUGAACCAGACAUUAGCAGCUUAAAAUCUCAGGAUGAUCAAAGACUGGCAAGCUUUAAUGGAGAUAGCAGAGAACUUGAUGUAAUUUCUUCUCAGAAUUCUGUAAUUUCCUCUCACAGCUCUGUGGAGACUAUAAACAAGGCUGAGUCAUACUCACAAAGUUCCUCCGAAGCUGAACCAGCUGAUGGUACUUGUGGCUCUUUUGUAAAACUGUUACAGAUGGCAGGAACAACAAUGUUGCAUGGAGUUUAUAAUGAAGGAAGCAGAAAGAGGUCAUCAAGUCUCGGCAUGCCAACCAAAUCAGAAGGCGUGAAUUCAGGAUUUGGAGAGCUCAGGAACUUUGAUCAGUCAGAAGAUAACAGAUUCAGUGAUGCCUACAAAGAAAAUGAGCUUUUUGUAACCGAACAAAUUGGAUCAGCAGAAUCUUCAGCAGGAGUUCCAUGUCAGAAUACAAUUGCUAUUAGUUUCGAAGAAUUACAGAAGUUUUCAAUUGAAAAUUCUGACUCCAACUCUCCUAACAACCAUCAAAGGCCAAUUGAAGAUCAAGAGACUGAACUUGUGUCAGAAGUUCAAAAGCAAGAGAAUAACUGCAGAGUUGGGCAAGUUUCAAAUCCUCUAAGUUCUUCAGAAUGUAUUUUGGAUGUCUCAGGAAAAACCCAAAUAACUAGAAAUCAGAAGGCUGUUCAUUUGAAUCUGAAUGACUGCAAUACAAUUGUGGAGAAAAUUGAUGAGGUGAGCCCUAGUAUAUCCAAUGCCAAAAGGGGAAGAAAUGGAAAAGAGAAAAAGGAUGCCAUUGAUUGGGAUAGUUUAAGAAUACAGGCACUCUCUAAUGGUGAAAAGAGAGAGAGGACAGCCAAUACAAUGGACUCAGUGGACUGGGAAGCGGUGAGAUGUGCAGAAGUUGAGGACAUCGCUGAGACCAUCAAAGAAAGGGGAAUGAACAAUAUGUUAGCUAAGAGAAUCCAAGACUUCCUAAACAGGCUUGUCACAGAUCAUGGAAGCAUUGAUCUGGAAUGGCUGCGGGAUGUCCCACCAGAUAGGGUCAAAGACUACCUAUUAAGUGUAAAGGGUUUGGGUCUAAAAAGUGUAGAAUGUGUGAGGCUUUUGACACUUCACCAUCUUGCUUUCCCAGUGGAUACAAAUGUUGGACGUAUUGCUGUAAGACUGGGCUGGGUACCACUUCAGCCACUUCCUGAGUCACUUCAGUUGCACCUUCUAGAACUGUACCCUGUGCUGGAGUCAAUCCAAAAGUUUUUAUGGCCAAGGCUCUGCAAGCUUGAUCAACGAACCUUGUAUGAGCUGCAUUAUCAAAUGAUAACAUUUGGAAAGGUUUUUUGCACAAAAAGCAAACCAAAUUGCAAUUCGUGCCCCAUGCGAGGAGAAUGCAGGCAUUUUGCAAGUGCCUUUGCAAGUGCUAGGCUUGCCCUCCCAGCACCAGAGGAUAAAAGCAUCAUUACUGCAGCACAAUACAGAGAACCCAAUACAAAUCCAGAAGAAAACAUAAAUCACCUGCAACUGCCUCUACCUCAAACUAGUCAACAAUUGGAAUCUGGUUCUCAAGUUGGAACCUGCGGUCCUAUCAUUGAAGAGCCUGCAACACCAGAGCCUAUCAUCGAACAGCCAGCAAGCCCACAGCUAGAACAUACACAAAUACCAGAGCUUGACAUUGAGGACGCAUUCCAUGAAGAUGAAGAUGCUGAUGAGAUUCCUACCAUUAAACUCAAUAUUGAGGAGUUGAAUCAGAAUCUGUUGAACUACAUUCAAAAGAAUGUUGUUUUAACUUCAGAGAGUGAAAUGUCAAAGGCAUUAGUGGUUUUAACUCCAGAAGCUGCUUCAAUCCCCACGACUAAACUUAAGAACAUAAGCCGAUUAAGGACAGAGCAUUACGUCUACGAGCUUCCUGAUGCGCAUCCACUGCUGAAAGGGUUUGACCAACGAGAACCAGAUGAUCCAUCGUCAUACCUUCUCGCCAUAUGGACACCAGGUGAAACUAUAGACUCUAUUCAGCCACCAGAAAGAUCAUGCAGCUUCCAAGAAUCUGGCAAACUAUGUGAUCGGGAAACAUGCUUUUCGUGCAACAGCAUACGUGAAGCAAACUCCCAAACUGUUCGAGGCACACUACUGAUACCAUGUCGAACAGCUAUGAGAGGAAGCUUUCCGCUUAAUGGCACAUACUUCCAAGUUAAUGAGGUGUUUGCGGACCACGAAUCUAGCCUUAACCCAAUUGAUGUGCCAAGAAAUUGGUUGUGGAAUUUGCGUAGACGAACAGUUUACUUUGGAACAUCCAUACCUACCAUAUUUAAAGGACUGUCACAGGAGGAAAUUCAAUACUGCUUCUGGAGAGGGUUCGUGUGCUUGAGGGGAUUUGACAGGAAGACACGAGCGCCUCGACCACUUGUUGCUAGACUACACUUCCCAGCCAGCAAGUUGACUAAGAAAAGAGGAAGGACAGAUGAAAGUUAAGCCAUUGAUCCCUCACCAUUGCUGCAUUCUAUAAUAUUUGGUGACAUGGCACCAAACUAGAGGACUUGGAUUUUGAAAGAAGUAAACAAUAGUCAGCAAGUUUUGUAUAAAGGCAAUCACAAGGGAUUCGGCAUGUUUUAGCAUAAUGUGAUCGUUAAACUUUUGUUGUAUAGAGUCAAUUAACUUAAUGGAAAAGAGGCCGGUCAGCGAAAUUAGGUCAUGUUUCUUUACAUUACCACCUCGUUUCUUUAUAAUUGUCGUUUUUUCCUUUUUGGAAAAUUGUCUCAAAUUUUGUUGGAUAUGGGAUGGCAUUUUAAAAGUGUGGUAAGACCAAUAGAUCUCCAGAAACGCUACAUGA